AUGGGACAUAAAGGUAAUCCUCGUACCGAAAUUGGUCAGCCAAUUGGGAAGUCUGACGCUUCGUGUAUUCCUGGCAGAGAGGAACUCAAGCAAUGCCAUUUUCUUCCAGCAGCACCUUUGGUACAUUGCAGUUUGGCGAAGUUGGCUUGUGAAGCAGACCUACAGUGCAACUCGAAGUGGGGUGUGUUUAUAUCGGAAUGCGAAGCGGAAUCAGCUCGAGGAGAGUGUUCAGAAAGAUGCUAUGGAUUGCUGGCCGAGACGGUGGCUACUCCUCAUGGACAGGUAGCGUUCUGA